AUGAACCCUGAGUGGUACGUAACCUCCGCGCGACGCCCACCGCCACAGGCCGGGGAACAGCGCCGCCAGAUCUGGGGAUACGACUACCUCUUCAAGCUCCUCCUCAUCGGUGACUCUGGUGUCGGAAAGUCGUGCCUGCUCCUCCGUUUCGCCGACGACACAUACACCGAGAGCUACAUCUCGACCAUCGGUGUCGACUUUAAAAUCCGAACAAUCGAGCUCGAUGGCAAGACGGUGAAGCUACAGAUUUGGGAUACCGCCGGCCAGGAGCGCUUCCGAACCAUCACAUCUUCGUACUACCGCGGCGCCCACGGCAUCUGCGUCGUCUACGAUGUCACCGACAUGGACUCUUUCAACAACGUAAAGCAGUGGCUGCAGGAGAUUGACCGAUACGCAACCGAGGGCGUCAACAAGCUGUUGGUCGGCAACAAGUCCGAUAUGGCGGACAAGAAGGUUGUCGAGUACACCGUAGCAAAGGAGUUCGCAGACAGCCUUGGCAUCCCCUUCCUCGAGACCUCCGCAAAGAGCGCCACCAACGUCGAGCAAGCUUUCCUGACCAUGGCCCGCCAGAUCAAGGAGCGCAUGGGUACCACAACCGCCAACACCAAGCCCACAGUCCCUAUCGGCCAGGGCCAGGGUGUCCAAAACGGAUCCGGCGGUGGUUGCUGCUAG